AACUGAAAGUCCCCAAGGGGACCAGGCGUCGACAUGAUUUCCUGACAGAUAAGGCGGGGCGGGAGCGUGCAUAAUUUGCCCUCGGUAACCCGCCGGCCUCCAGGCCAGGCUGCCCAGAGAACGCCUGAUGGGUGCUCUUUCUCUUUAGCUCAUGCCGGUGCUGCUCUGCCGGGAGGAAACCGGGGCCAGGACCCUCGCCAGAGGCCCGGCGGGCACAGCAUGGAGCGCUCGAGCAAGAUGGAGUUCUUCCAGAAGCUGGGCUACAGCCGGGAGGACGUGGUCAGGGUGCUGGGCAAGAUGGGCGACGACGCCCUGGUCAACGACGUGCUGCAGGAGCUCAUCCAGACCGGCAGCCGCCCUGGGGCCCACGAGGCCAGCGCCGGGCCCCUGCUCGUCCCCAGGGGCUCCUGCGGGAUCCCCGACUCCGCCCAGUGUGUGCUGGGGGCCGAGCUGGAAGAGGAGUGCGGAAGCCCAGCCAGCUCCUUGCGACCCAUAGUGAUCGACGGCAGCAACGUGGCAAUGAGCCAUGGAAAUAAAGAAGCCUUCUCUUGCCGGGGAAUCCAGCUGGCUGUGGACUGGUUCAGGGACAGAGGACACACCUACAUCAAAGUUUUUGUCCCAUCCUGGAGGAAAGACCCACCAAGAUCCGAUACCCCUAUUAGAGAGCAGCACGUGUUGGAGGAGCUGGAGAGGCAGGCCGUGCUCGUCUACACCCCGUCCCGCAAGGUGAACGGCAAGCGGGUGGUCUGCUAUGACGACCGCUACAUCGUGAAGGUGGCCUACGAGCAGGACGGCAUCAUCGUCUCCAACGACAACUACCGGGACCUGCAGAGCGAGAACCCCGAGUGGAAGUGGUUCAUCGAGCAGAGGCUGCUCAUGUUCUCCUUCGUCAACGACCGGUUCAUGCCUCCUGACGACCCGCUGGGCCGCCGGGGCCCCACCCUGAGCAACUUCCUGAGCAGGAAGCCAAAGCCCCCAGAGCCAUCCUGGCAGCACUGCCCCUACGGCAAGAAGUGCACCUACGGCAUCAAGUGCAAGUUCUACCACCCGGAGCGGCCGCCCCACGCGCAGCUGGCGGUGGCCGACGAGCUGCGCGCGCAGACGCGGGCCUGCAGCAGAGUCGUGGACUGCUCAAAUCUGAGAGGCCCACAGCUGUACCAUGUUUACGCUGGUGCAGCUUUUCCAGAGGCCUCUGGAAGGUGGUUUGAGGCAGAAUCUCGGAAUGUCAGCGAUUGA